GCUGCUCUUUCUAUAAAUUUAAAAAUGUAUUUGUGUGGGUGCGCGUGUGAGUGAGUGAAUGUUUGUGCGACCUCCUGUCUGUGUAUUCGAGCAUAUGGGCAAAAAGGAAAGUUACAAAAGGCUCGUGAAAAGAGAAAGUUCUCUUGUGUUGUAAAUGUCGAUAUAUAUUUUUUGUGAAUACCCUUACAGACAGUAUUACGACUGAGCAAUAAAAUUUGCAACUCAUUAAAGGACAGAUUCGUAUACAAAUACAUAUAUAAUCUUAAUUCAGAAUGACGAAUUGAGUUGAGGCUCUUUUGUUAUAUGCAUUAAGCAACAAAUUUGCUUAACUUCGUUUUAGUCAUUUAGUAUAGAGGUGUUAAGGUGAAUAAGUUUUAAACAAAUUAAUGAUAUAAUCUAAAUUGGUUGCACUACUUUAAGCAAUAUAUUUAACUUAUAAAUAGUUAGCAAUACAAUGUCAUGUUAUUUCCAUUGAAACUGUGACCGGAACAUAUCAUUUACUGUAUAUACAAAAAUUGCUUUGUACAGAAUCAAAACAUAUGCUCAUUGUUUGUUUUUAUUCUUCCCCCUAAAUGUACAGAUAUCAGUUGCGCAUUUAUUGCGAGGGUAUAUGUUUAUAAUUACUUAUUAUGUUGUAGAUCAAUUAAACAUAUAGUAAUAUGUACAGAUAAUAUUUGACAACGUAUUGCGAUUUUCGUGCAAGAGUAUUUAAUUAUCGGCACAUCAAUCAUAUUUUCUUUUUGUGUAAUGCAAGCCAUGGUUGACAGGAUGGUUAAAAGCGCAGCCGGUUUGCUAUCGCUCAAUUGGGCAAUUAAAGUUCAAACUCAUGGUUUUUUCUUAAUAAUAAUGGCAAUAGCAUAAGCAUGAGGCAGACAUCAAUUAUAAUUUAAUUGAAUGUAAGCGCCAAAAUCAUAUGCAACGCAACUAACAUACAACACCACCAAUGGCAACACAAAAGCAACACUGCAUGACCUCGACAUGCAAAGCUGCUGGACGUUGGCCCGAGCUGCAGCAACAGCAGCUUUACAGAGUGAGAGAGAAAGAGAGAGAGUCUGAGCUUAAAAGAGAGUAAGCGCCAAAGAUUGUGUGUGUAUGUGUGAGAGUAACAGAUAGGGAGAGUGAGAGCGUAAGCGCGGGCAUAACGGCUUCAAGUGCGUUUACUGUUAGGCCGACAAAGCUCGUGCACGAAUGAAAUUGAAUUCACUGGCUUCAGUCUGCCACAAGCUUGGCUCGCGAGCGGACGCUUCAAGUCUGUAGUUGAGCGUAGUCGAAACGAGUUUAUUAACUGUCGCGCCGUCUCGUCUUGUCUCGCUCCCGUCGCUGGCUGCGUCUGCGCCAAGUGUUUCGUAAUUUCGACAACAUCAACAGCGGCAACAGUUGCUGCUGGCUGGGCGAUCAACAGUUGUGCCAGUUUCCUUUAUGCAGUUCACUUUUCAUACGCUUUUCAUUUCGUGCGAAUUUUUGUUGCCGCGUGUGGAAAUGUUUUUCGCAAUGGCCGUCUGCAUGCAUUGAAGUGUUGAAAUUGCAAACGCGGCCAAGUGAUGUGCGAUACGCACGGUAGACCAGGACAACUGACGCAGCUACCAAGUGAGAUACGAACUAGGCAGGAUUAUGAGAUCGCAUGUGGCCGUUUAUCGUGCACCAGAAAACGCAAACGGUUGCCAGUUCGCUAGAUACGCGCUCCACGCGCUUCCCACGCGUCAACAGCAGCAGCAGCAGCAUCAAUCCCUACAGCCGCACGCACAUUGGAAUGCUGCGCAACCCACAGCUCCUGCUGCCUGCUUUAAUUUGCAUCCGCAACUGCAGCACCAUGGCAUAUACCAUGCAUCUGCGGGAGCAGGAUCAGGCGCAGGGGCAGCGGCAGUGCCACAGCCUCAACAGCUGCUGGUGAAUCAGCAGCGCAUCAAUGAGUGCGCCGGCAUACCGCUCAUAUCGAAUGCCUGCAGUCACCUAACCCCAGCGCAGCGUCAUCGCCUGCUCCGCAAGUCGGGCAAGCCGUGGCCGGCCGCUGGUGCACAGUCCAUGUCCCAGCUGGCGGUGCAUGCGCAGGGACAACCGUUGCUCCAGAACGUCAAACAACAUCAUGUGCAGUUGCACCACCAGCAGUUGUCGCCGCAAUCCUGGCCGGCGCAUGCUGCCAGCUAUCAGCUGCCCAUGCGCGUAAACAAUUUUCAAUUGACGGACAAAUCACGCAUGUUGCGCUAUCAAAAUUCGGCUCCAGCAGUGCUCAGUGCCCAGGAGCAGCAGAAGACCCUAAACAGCAUUGGCAACCACAACAACAACAACAACAGCAGCAGCAGCAGCAGUAGCAGUAGUAGCAGCAGCAGCGGCAGCAACAGCCAUUGCACUGGCCAGGAGCAAACGUCGUCCGUGACGGACACCUGUCUGCCGCGCAUCAUAAAGCCGCGCAAGCGUCGCAAAAAGGAUCGCAAGCCCGCUAAUGGAGUUUUGCUGAAAAUGGAUGCGGAUUUACAGCCGAAACUGCAGCAGCAGCAGCAACAACAGCAGCAACAUCAACAACAACAACAACAGUAUCAACAUCAACCUCAACAUCAUCCCCAUCAUCAUCCCCAUCCGCAACUGGCACAUCCCCAUCCUCAUCAUCAUCAGGCCCUUAAUGCAGUCAGCUAUGCACAGUUGCUGCCCAUGGCCAGAGAUCGAGGCAUGCAGCAUGAUCAUAGCCAUGGCGUUUGCUUCUGCCGCGACUGCGAUCCUUUGCGUUCACUGUGGGACUAUCCGUUGCGUCGCUCGCUGUCGGAUGCCUCCUCCAGCGGGCCGGGCGCAAGUAACUCGAGCAAUUCGUCAACGUCCACGCACUCGGAUAGCUCAUGCGCCAGCUCGAUUUGCUCCCAGACGCUGCCUAACAAUUUUGAUGAGACGGAACAUUUUGCGCCCAUCACCGGCGACAGCAGUCGCGCCGAAAUUGUGGGCGUCAUUGGCUCACAACGCAGCAGUCACGCCCACACAUCAUCAGCAACAACAACAGCAACAGCAACGGCAACGGCUACAACAACAGCUCCGGCAUUGUAUCUGAGCGACUCGAGCGACUCGGGCUAUGGCGACAUCCUAAGCGGCAUGAAUAUUGCCAACGAUCUGUUUGCUAGCUGCUUUGGCACUGCGGCUGCUGCCAACGCAGCCGAAACGCUGCUCGACGAGAGCAUCAACGAGAUUUCGCGCAAGCUGAUCGAGACAUGCGCCGUCAACGAACCUCCGCCAAAUGAGGCGGACGCCAGCAGCAGCAGCGGCAGCGGCAGUGGCAGUGGCGGCGGUCUGGGCUGUCGUGGCGAGGGCAUUGCUGGCGACAGUGACAGCUGCUCAGCAUCUGCCAGCGACAGUGGCUUGGAUAGUGCUGGCAGCUAUAGCUCUGAAGCGCUUGUCUUCAAUUUUGAGCAUUUGAAUCUGAUGGAUACAAAUUUUGUGACGCCCACGGCUUUGGAUUUUCUCCUAGACUGCAACAACAACAAGAGGAGCGACAGCAGCAGCAGCAGCAACAGCAAUGCUGAAUGCAAGGCAACGGCACAGCAGCAACAAUUUUACAACAAUUGCUUUGACUUGGUGUGGUGCAGCAACGGCAACGGCAACGGCAACGCCAAAAGCGACAACAACAACAACAACAGCAGCAGCAGCAGCGACAAUAUCGCAAGCCAAAUGACAGCUGGCAAAGGCGGCGAUAGCAAUGCCACACCCACAACUUUAAUACUGGGCACGGUUGGAAAAUUGAAGCCAGCAUUUUCCACCAUCUCGUGACGAUAAACUAAUCACACAUCAACGAAAUCCAAACCAAAACCAAAAGCCCACGAAACCAUUUGGCUGUUGCUGCAGCUGUUGUUGUUGCUGUUGUCAUUGUUGUUGUUGUUGUUGUUCAUUUUUGUUAAAUUUCCCUGUUGGGAUUUACGAUCGACACGCUUUGGCGUCGCAUUGGAAAUUUGAGCUAAUUGCCAAACAGUUUUCAUGUGGGUUGCGUUUGCGUGGGCGUGUGCGUUGCAUAACCAAAACCGUUAACCCACAAAUGAAGCGAAUUGUCGGCUGAAGAGAAAUUGAAACGAAACGUAGUGGAAAAAGAAACAAAAAAAAAAUAAAUAAAUAAAAAUGAAAUGAGACAUUGAAAUGAAUGCGCCAUGGGCGCAACAACAACGCCAACAAUUGGCGAUAUGACUGAAGAUGUCUGCGCUGGAAACCUUGUAGAUCUGUCUAUAUAAAUAUAUAUACAUAUAUAUUUAAAUAUACAUAUAAACAUAUAGGUAUAUAUGCAUGUGUACAUGCUACAACUUUCACUUUCACUGCGGCGGAAUCGCUGUGUUUUUGCUCAGACAAGCGCCGACUCAACCACAAAGACAACAUCAACAACAACCACAACAACAACGACAACAGCAGCAACAUCAACAACGAAAACUCUUAUGCAGAUUUUUAGCCGCAAAACUAAUAGAAAUCGUGCCUUGACAAGAGGCCCAGCUAAAAAAAAAAAUAAAUAAAUAAAUAAAUUGUAGAUGCGAAUACUACACACAGCUGCAACAGUGUGUAGAUCUAUCAGUUACACUCUAUAUACCGCAUAUAUAAAUAUAUAUAUGUAUAUAUAUAUAUAUAGUUAUAUAUAUCAUAAGCAAUGACGCAUACUUCAUACAAAAAGCUAAACAUUUUCUGGCAAUUGUUUUAGUUUUUUUUUUCUGCUCUCUUUUGUUAUUUGUGCAUAAACGUUUAGUAUUUAAGACUUUUGAGAUUGAGCCGAAACAUAGAAAACAAUCCAUAAUUGACUAGCUUAAAUCGGUGAUCUAUUUGUUAGACAUAAUUAGAUGGCAACGUAAAUAAUUGGUCAAGAAAAUCGAGGGUAAUCAAUUCAGUUAUGCUUCAGGAAAUAUUGAUUUUAAUGCUUAACAUAAAUGUUUAUGUAUAUACAUAUAUAUUUGUUUCACUUUCUUAGCAUUUUUGCUGUUCGCGUUUGGCUCUUGGUUUUUGUGACCUCAAUUGUUUGCCUUGCUGCGCUAAUAAUUUGUUUCUAAUUAAGUCACGUUCCUAAUUAACAUAUAUCUUAUUUGAAAUUUGUAUUUUUGGGUAUUUGUAGUUUUCGUAUUCGGUGUGUUUCUUUGUAUUUUAGAUAAGAUUUAUUUGAUAGAGCGCUACGAAGUGAACUUUUCUUAGUUAUCUAAGUUAUUUAUAUAUUUCGAAUUUAAUUAAAUCGAAAAUGCUGUUGAGACAAAUCACACGCACUGAUCUCUGGCAAAUGUUGUACUCGAAUCGAGUUCAGAUCAUAAUAUUAUAUGUUCUCAAUAUAUAAAAAUA